CCACAGUCCCUGGCGCAGUUCGGGCGCCCCAAAAUCGACGGGGAGCUGAAGGUCUCCAGCACCGAGCGGCGCUCCAAGGUGGACAGGUAUGGCUUCCUCCUGGACAAGGCCCUGAUCAUCUGCAAGCGCCGUGGGGACUCCUACGAGGCCAAAGAUGUCGUGGACCUGCAGAGCCACCAACUACGGGAUGGUGGCCUCGGCCCCUGUGACAGCAAGAAGUGGACCCACACCUUCCUGCUCAUCGACACGGCUGGGCUGCAGGGCUACGAGCUCUUCUUCAAGACCCGUGAACUGAAGAAGAAGUGGCUGGAGCAGUUCGAGAUGGCCCUCUCCAACAUCUUCCCCGAGCAUGCCCUGGCCGAUGGGCAUGACUUCCAGAUGUUCUCCUUCGAGGACACUACAUCCUGCAGGGCCUGCCAGAUGUUGCUGAGGGGCACGUUCUACCAGGGCUACCGCUGCAGCCGGUGCCGGGCCCCUGCACACAAGGAGUGUCUGGGGCGGCUGGGGACCUGCGGCAGGAGCGGGGCCGAGUCGGGCUCUGGCACGAGGAAGAACAAGUCGCAGCGGCCGGGCCCCAAGAAGGAGCGGGGAGACCUGGGUGAGGACAGCGAUGCCUGGGUCCACGUGUUUGGGGGGCAGAAGGAGUGGUUGCCCAAGAUGGAGGCCAGCCAACCCUACAGCGGCAUCCCACCGCCGCCGGGGGGGCUGGGGCCUGCCCUGCGCCUCAGCGCCGGGGACGUCGUGGAGGUCACCGUGGCCGAGGCUGAGCAGCUCUGGUGGCAGGGCAGGAACAUGACCAAUGGUGACCUGGGCUGGUUCCCUUGCGCCGCCGUGAGACCCUUCAUCUGUGUGCCACUGCCGGAUCUCUCCGUCUACCCCUGGUACGCCGGUCCCAUGGAGCGGGGAGAAGCUGAGCAGCUCCUGAUGCCCCGCUCUGACGGCGCCUUCCUGGUGCGACAACGGGUGAAGGACGCCGGCGAAUUCGCCAUCAGCAUCAAGUACCGUGGGGAGGUGAAGCACAUCAAGGUGAUGACGGUGGAGGGGCUCUACCGCCUCACUGAGAAGAAGGUGUUCAAGGGGCUGGUGGAGCUGGUGGAGUUCUACCAGCGCAGCUCGCUCAAGGAUUGCUUCAAAGCCCUUGACACGGCACUUAUGGUGCCCUUCAAGGAGCCCGAGAGCCGGGCUGGUCCCCGGCCACCCAGAGCCGUGCGCAGCUUUGGUUCGGCCAAAGCCCGGUAUGACUUCUGCGCCCGGGACCGGACGGAGCUGACACUGCGGGAGGGUGACAUCAUCCGUGUCCUCAGCAAGAAGGGCCACCCAGGCUGGUGGAAAGGAGAGAUCUACGGGCGGGUUGGAUGGUUCCCCGCAAACUACGUGGAGGAAGAUUACUCGGAGUAUUGCUGA